AAUGCUCUUAGUUCAGUAAAAUAAAAAUUCUUCCCAAUAUUCCACGAGCCUAUAAUGGAUCCUACACAAUUCAAGAAGAUUGAAGCCAUGAAGAGAAUCCUCUCCUCCGAGUCCUCUUCAACUUGUGUUGUUUACUAUGAUAUUGAUGAGUACAUUCAGACCAAACAACCUCAGAUUCCAACGCUGGAGAAACAUGUUGGGGAGAAUGUGGACAUGACAUGGGAGUAUGGAGAGAACAGUGUGGAGCUGAAGGGCAAAGGGUGGGUUAAGAAAGCCUCAGAAGCAUCUAAAGAGGAGGAGAAUCUAAAGGAUGGAGAUGAACAAAGUUUGGUUCCUUGUUCUGAUGAAUUGAACAAAAGGGCUGAUGAUUUCAUUGCAAGAGUGAAUAGGCAGAGGAAGCUUGAACUUAGCAUUCUGCAUUAUGGUACUUAGUUACUAAGGUGCUUUCUAGUGCAGGGAAUCUUUUGUUCUCAAGCAGAUUAUUUUCUUCGGUUUAUUUGGGAAAAUUUAUGAGAGUUGUUUAGUUGUUA